UGAUCAUUCGCAAACUAGUGAACAAAGCUGUGAGGAGGAGGCAAGCGAUCUGACAACCGAACUGUCGAAGACACCUUUGAAACUGAAAAAUGUUCUAGAGGAAGCUGAGGUGGACGUGAAGUGGUAUAACGGCGAGAAGGAGAUUUCGAANAGUGGUCGUUAUCGACUAUCCGGCAAAGGAUCUCAGUACUGUUUAGAGAUAUUCGAUUGUGACGUUGCCGAUAGGGGCGAGAUUUCGUGCUUAGCAAUCAGCAGUACGUCAGUUGCAUCCGACAGUGUACAACUUUUCAUUCACGAGGAGGACAUGGCUGGUGAGGAGCCAAUGUUUAUUGAGCCAUUAACAUUCGAACAGAACGGAAUGAGCAUCACACUGCGAUGUUCAGUGAUUGGCUAUCCAAUACCGUAUUUGACGUUCCAUCGAAGGAAUCGACGCAUCCCAUCCGAUACACACAUUGGCACGUUUCUGCUCAUCAUUUGUUACUGA